GCGCUCCGACGUUACAUUCUCGCCUUCGGUCAAUUUGUUACAGUGUCGCCCCGCUGUUGCGUUCGGCAACAUUUGUAUCCCAACAGAGGAGGACGGAGGCAGUGAAAACAGAAGGCAACAAAGACAGUCUCAUCUCCCUCUCCCCUUGAAAGAAUAUAAAAGUCAGGGAGAAGGAAGGUGGGGGCGGUUUUAAAAAAAAACAAAGCAAGGAGGGAUUGAGCAAAAAGGAUGCAGACUGAGCAAUGCACCGAGAUGUCUCAGCGCUAAACACAGCGACUCAUAUCGUCGCCGUCUUUUGAAGAAAAGAAAAGGACGGGGUACAAUGUAUCGUGACUGCAUUAUGAAAGAUACAAAAUAAAUCCCAGACGCAACCAAAAUCCGUGCGGAAAGUGUCGGCGGAAACAGCUCAUCUGGCUUUGUUUUACCCUCCGUCCGUACGCAGGAUUUUUUUUUCCCUUGUGUGUUUUGUUCUUGGAUUUCAAGGGAGGCUGUUUCAUUUCAAAAGAAAUUGGGGAAAAACCUACGUUUGCAAGCGAGAGGGGGGAGAAGAAAGGGGGCGAUGUAUCCGCAAGCCAGGCAGUCGGCUCCAUCACAGUCAGCACAACAGUUGAAGUUUACUACCUCGGACUCGUGUGAUCGAAUCAAAGAUGAGUUUCAGUUUCUGCAAGCACAGUAUCACAGCCUCAAGUUGGAAUGUGACAAACUGGCCAGUGAAAAGACAGAAAUGCAGCGCCAUUAUGUCAUGUAUUAUGAAAUGUCUUAUGGUUUGAACAUCGAAAUGCAUAAACAGGCUGAAAUUGUCAAACGAUUGAAUGGAAUUUGUGCUCAAGUCAUCCCCUUCUUAUCUCAGGAGCAUCAGCAACAGGUGGUGCAGGCCAUAGAACGUGCAAAGCAGGUGACUGCCCCGGAGCUUAAUACUGUCAUCAGGCAGCAGCUUCAGGCGCAACAGCUGUCUCACCUCCAUGGUCUCACGGUGCCACUCACCCCGUUACCAGCUGGCCUGCAGCCUCCGGUCAUCCCUUCAGUCAGUGCCAGUGCUGGACUACUGGCAUUAUCCAGCGCUUUGGGCUCACAGAUCCACCUCCCCUCGAAAGAUGACAAGAACCACCAUGAUGGUGACCACCAGAGAGAUGAGGGGGUACAGAAACCCGAUUAGGAACUCUUGAGGAUUGUGCAACGCAAAAUCCUUAAACAUGAUCUUUGGUGUUUGUUUUAAUGCCUGUAUAUAUCUCGGAGGUGGCAAUUUUGUGCUGUGUAUGUUAUUAUUUAGGAGAACAAAGCCUAUUUUAAAGCUGCAGUAUAUUAAAAGCAACUUUGUUUUGGCAUGAACAAAGCAGGGGGACACUAAGUAUGAAUUUGCUUCAGAUGAGGGCAUAACAUAUUGGCUUGUCCACCUGAUGGACAUUUUAGUGUUCAGCAUCUUCAAGAUAAAAGCUUCUGAUUCAGCCUGUCCAUUGAAACUGUGCUGGGCAGGAAUUGCCUUUCCGACUAAUUGCCCACAUAAUUGGGCUGUUGAGUGAUUUUGUUUCAAGUCAAAUGACCUGUAACGUGCAGAUCAGUACAUUGUCAGAAACCAAAGCAAAUUUGCCAAAUUGAUGGUAAGAUCGCUGAUGUUCUGUGCUCUUGAAAUUGCCAUAUUGUUGACUUUCUUUAAAUGGUUGGCCUAUUAACACACUCUAAAUCAGUUACAUGGGAACAAAUCUUUUAAUAGGAGAAAAAUAUAUAUGUAUAAUAGUCAUCUUAGAUUCUUUACUUUCAUCUGAAUGUUUGUGUAUUGAUCUACAAAAGUUUGAGAACACUUUCUUUUUGCUAUCUAAUCCUUGUUGGAGAUUUGAUCUGCAGUUUCAAAUUUCUGUCACCAUCUAAAGUUUGUUGAGUAAAAGAUCUACUGAGCAAGAUAGAGCUGAUCAUUAAAAUUGUUAUUGUCAGCUUGUUUCUGGAUGGGGAGAGAGGAAUGCAAUGAGAGUUGACUUUAGAAUCUGAUGGGAGAGCUUGGCAGAAGAUUUUUCUGUUGGAUUGUGUUAAGCCUUCAGGACAGGGGCAUCAUCACCAACUUGCAGCUCAACUCCAAACAAAAUAGGUGUUUCUGUAUUGUGCAGCGUUUACUCAAGAAAGCUCAGAUCUUUGAAAAAAUAUCAGGGAGUGAAUUCUGAACACACGGCUGUACAAUUGGAUGUUUCAUUUGCUGCAUUGGCAAUAAGCUGCGAGGGGGGGGAAAGGUGCACCCAACUUUGUGUCGAUGACUUUAACUUGAAUCUUUAUAGGGUUCAACACUGGGCUUGUUGUGCACCUGAAAUGUGCUUGUAAUUGGUACCUCCUUCAUCCCAGUAAUUUGCACAUUGUAGUUUUCAGUGAUGGGUGAAUCAGUUUCAUUUUCUUUGCUGACCAUAUAAGAAGAAUCAUAAAGGGGAUCCAUCAAGGCAAGUGGGAGAGGUUGGAGCUGCAAUUGUGUUCCUGUUGGUUAUGGUUGGUGAAGGAUAUGUGUAUGCCAUGCUUGAAGUUCCUAUUUUCCUAUCCCCACCUCCCACCAUUCCACUCCCCCACCCCAAAAAAGGAGAAAAUAUUAAACUGAGACUUCUCUCUCAAUGACGUGGUCACACAAUUAACAUCCAAGAAAAAACAGCCAUGCCAAAUUUGGUUUCAUGAAGCCCUUUGCAAAAACAAAAGGAAUGUAACUCAGCCUGUGGGACAGAUUAAUGCCCCCCCCCCCCCCCCCCCCCCCGUGGAUUUGAAAUUAUAUGCCAGUUUUAGCCAUGACUGGGAAUGUGUGUAAUACAUUGAAACCCUCCAAUAUUAGGCACUUCGCAUUCACGUUUUAUGGCUUAGAAGGUGGAAAGUGGCCUCAGUAAGGUUAGGGAAAAAUUAUUGACAAUGUACAGCCUAACUCUUGGAUAGGUUGAUUAUUAAAGCUAUUUUUGACUGAGGGUGUUUAAGGUAUAUCUUCAGGAUUAUUUGCCAUCCAUGAUGGAUCAUAUCCUUUUCGAGUUUUUCUGUCGCUCGUCGACAUUUUGAAACCCCUAUCCAGCGAAACCACAGCCAGAUGAUCUCAAAGGGACGGUAUGCUAAAAUACAGAAAAAAUAAGUAAAAUCUUAAAAAGGCAGAAUUCAUCAAGGACAGGGAUGAGCUGGGUUAUUCAACCUUUCGACUCGGUUUACCACUCAUCACCUGCUGUGUUGAGCGUGAGAAAUUUUAAUUUUCACCUAUUACCCACCACUAAUUAACCGUGAAUUUAAAACAAACUUUAUUUCUAAAAUUCUAAAAUCUAAAACCUUAAAAUUAAUUAAGAUAUUAAAACUACUUCUAAAAAUAUUUAAAAUGUCUAAAAACGCUAUUAAAUUAUGUCAAAAGGAGAGAUUAAGAGUCCAUAAAAGUUCUCAGCAGCUCGAGAGUCAAGGAUAAAACCAGAUUCGUAGUAUUCUGGGCAAAGGUUUUAAAUUUCUCAAUUCCGAGGUCCUUUAUUAAUUCUCCAUUCUUCUCCAGCCAUUUUCCUCGGGCACCCAUCACGAAUCCGUAGAAGGAUAUGUUUCCUCUUCCAGUGAGGUGCAUAAUCUCUUCUUUCAAAUGUUUGUAUUUGUUUACCUUUUCCUCCCAAGCCGCUUCUAAAGAGUUAAGUUGGAGAUCUGACCUAAUUGUUACGUCUACUAAUAUUAUUUUUUCCUCCUUUUUAAAUAUUAGGUCCGGGAUCCAAAGUUUCCCUUCUUUAUCUUUAAUUCUUGGCUCGAUAAAAGUUAUCCACCCAUUCUUUCUAACAAAUUUCACGAGUUCCUCAGCAACUCUGUUGUGUCUUUUAAUAUGCAUGUUUUUAACAAACGGGCACCAUCUGGAGAUAUGUGCCAAGGUUUCCGAUGUUUCAUUACAUCUCCUACAUAUUUUGAUGUUGAAGGGUCUUCUGUAAGACAAGGAUGCCCUUGUAGGGAACAGGUUGGUUCUUAACAGGAGCGAGUUGAUUACCUUUGAAGAUUUCAUAAAUUGAGUUCUCCUCAACCAAUUGUUGGAUAUACUGUCAUCCCUGAAGUAGUGGAUCCCAGCCCCCUGACAAGGGAGAGCCAGCCACUUGUCCAUCUCUUUGGAUCUCCACUUGGCAUAGUUAGAAUUGCUGAGUUCUUCGAUCUCUUCAUCAUCUACUUCAUCAACGACAUUGACUUCGGCCAAUUGUCUAUUCAGAUUUGGGUUCCAGAUACUUUCCUAGAAUCUAAUUUUCAGAAAUCCUUAUCUCUAGUGGGACCAAAUUCUUCUCGUGCAUUUCAGUACAUGAAUUUGGGCAUUCUUAGUGGGGCGACGGUACUUCCUACAAAUAAAUGGGCAGAAUUCCCAUAGACGUGCCACAUUCUGGUCUUUGUUGAAGAGCAAAACUGAAAUUGUAACUUUCGCUCACCGAUGUUGUCUAUCCUGUUCAGUAUUUGCAGCAUUUUCUGUUUUUAUUCUUGAUUUCCUACAUCUCUUGUGCUUUGUUUCUGAUGCAGUAUGAUAACGUUGGGCUAGUUUAGAGGCUAAGUGUGGACUCUUUACGCUUCAGUGUAAAUGUCAAGGUGGGUCUAUUUCCCCUUAACUGGCUCACCUCUGCUUUAAUGUUUUGAGUGACAGCCUUUUAAUUAUUAAGGUACAAUUCUAGGUGGAAGUUUCACACUGUAGAAUUGCUGGCCAAUUGGAUGCCGGUAGCUGUGCACACUGGCCCUACCAGGGAGUGGUGGUCACUGCAGAUGGUCCAAGGAGUGGCAGUCAGCAAAGAACCCAACCACUCUGGUAUGGCCAGGAUCUUGCCUCAGUCAGGUUAUCCAUCUCUGGCAGUGGCAGAGUCACUCGGAGGCCAUGUUGGACAAGGUGGUGGUUUGGAUUGGAGUAGGGAGGGUUCAUUUUGAGUAUCUGCCUUCUAUCAUCUGUGGUGGUGAGUUGAAGCCCAAAUUUAGGCACUAUUUGACCUACCUGAGGACUUCCAUUCUGUCACAGGACCACAAACAAGCACGUGAUCAGUAAACUUUAGACCACAUGUCUCCAAUAUUGUAGUAAAGCAUAUUUAUUUAACAUCCAGCACCUUCCUGAAUAAGGUUCUUUAAUCUCAGUAGUAGCAUAGACGUCUCACUGAUCAAAACCAACCACCAUUAACUAAAAUCUCCUGUGUGAGUGUGUGUGUGUGUGUCAUUUGGGAAUGCAUUUAGAGUUUGGGCAAUUUGAUUUUGUUCCAUUUUGGGUCAGACCGAGGCUGCUCUCGUUGAGGUUGGAUUGGAGGUGGUGAAGAAAGUUGCUGGUGGUGGGGUGAAAGAACCUUUUUGAGUCAAUUGGUUUUGUGUGUGUUAAGUGUGGCCUAUAUUAGAGUAAAUAUGGUAUAUUUUUGUUCCUUGUGUAUAUAUUCUGGUUCCUGAGAGCAUUUCAUUAUUCAGGUCAAACUCUUUUUCAGUGGAUUAUCUGGGCCUCACUUGUGUCGGAAGCAGUGAACAGGACUACAGUGCUAUUUUGCUUGUAUAAUAUUAGGAUUUCAUGUGCUGUUGAUAGAUUUCCAAAUGAGGGCUUCAUUGAAAUCCGUGUUGAACUACAGUCUAUAUACUACAGCUUUAAACAUUAGACCACUGCAAGUAGCUUCAGUUUGUUUAUUUGCUUAUGAUUUAAUACCAGUUUUCUUGCCACUGCUUGUGACUGGCUGUGUGCCACCUCUGACAUGCCAGAUACAAUUACUCAGUUACAACUGGCCCAUAUCCCUCAUCUAGCAACUGAAUUACAGACUUGGCAGACAAAGGUCCAAAGAUGAUAACUUUCUCCAGAGCAUAUGUUCAGUCAUAAAAUGACUGUUUUCAGGAGUAAACUUCAAAAUGAAGCUAAUCUCUAAUGGGGGAGCGAAUGUUUUUUGUGGCAUUAUUUGUUUAUUUGUAACGGAUUUAAAUCAUGCAAAGCAGUUUCUGACAGUAGGAUUGACAGAACGCAAAUUCGAGAUCUGACCCUAGAGUGCAUCAAAGAAAAGUCAAAGGCCCCUCCAGUUUGAGGUGGAGGUGGGGGCUGAACCUGAGUCAUGACAUGUUUUAGUGCACGCACAAGUAUUGUUUCAGAGUGACGGAGAGACCACUUACUCAGUGGGAGGAAUGUGGUUCCCUGCCACCCAGCCCCAAUCCCAAAGCCAGUUGCUUUGCUUGGAGACCGACAGAAUUCACUGUUUGCCCUGCUAACUUUAAAUACUGGCUUAUUUUGCAUGUUGUUUGCAUGUGCACAUGGACAGUGCUUUGCCAAUACAACAGCCAUAAUCGGCACCUGACCAGCUUUCAUUUACUUUUAUUUGAAGGGGGCAGUGGUGGGAGCAAGUUUGAACAGUUAGGUGCCACUACAUCAAUUGCUUUAAUCAAUUGCCCAACAGUUAAACAUGCAUUGCCUUCAGAAAGGACUUGCCACAUAAAGGGAGCUCUUCAUUACUGUGAACCUUCCUCUCAAAUUCCUAAACUGCUUAAGAUACUUAGUUGGGCUGCUGUUGUGUUUUUUGCACCUGCUAAAACUGGAGGCAAGUGAUGUGGCUGAAGCUUUACAGUUAGCGAUAUGUCUCCCAUUCCCAGUUUAUUUUUUAGUUGGGCACAGCUUUUCACUUUGGAAAAGCUCCACCUUAAAUUGGUGAGGUGCUUGAAGCAACAGGAUUGUUUUUUGUACUUUUGAGGGACCUGGUAAUUGGACCUUAAUGGAUCACUGUCCCUUGCAUUGAAUUUUGCACAGGGUAGCUGACCCACACACAGGUCCGCAGUGGCACUAUCUGCCCUGACCUCUUAACUGGAGAAGGGACUUAGUGAGUUGGCCUAAACACACAACAGCAUACAGACACUGGCUGCUGGAGUAACACUAGCAGAUGCACUCAUGGAAUUUGAAUGGAGAAGGAGAAUUUCUUUUGCCAUUUGGGGCUUUCUUCUGCUUUUAGAAGUAGUUUGAGCAAUAGUUCGCUAAAAGGCUCCUGUUUUCUCUUUGCUGUUUGAACUAAAUAUGAAUCUUUAAUAACAUUCUUGUGUAAAACUAAAACUUUUAAAAAAAAUCCUUGUAGCUUUUGGCCAAGCACAACGUAUCUCACAUUUGAUAUAUUUUUUUAGAAAAGUGAAAGAAUGCAUUCUGUACAGCUGAAGUAACACACAGUCAUGGUGAUAUACAGCAGGCUACCCAGUAGCUGAAGGAAGAAUAAACAUUGCCCCCCUCCCCCCCCCCACCAAUCUUUGACCAUAUGCAUUUUGUUGCGGAGUCUUGACAUGGAGAAUAUAACGUUGCCCCUCUUUGAUUUCGGUAGAAGCCAGCUCCAAAUUGCCAAAUUGUUCUCCCAACAACUUAUACAGAGAGGUUCUGUAACUGUCCAGUACCUUGCAGAUUAUGCCUGGUUCCAUUGAAUUAAUCUUGAGUGGAAUGCAACACUUACCAACCUGGCCCUAGCAACAACAGUGAGAGAUUAAAACCUUUUUCUUUGAAAAAUUGCACCUGUACUAAACAGCCACUCAUUAAAUACAGUGAUAGUCAUGAGCAAACUUGUCAUUACAGCUAUGUUUGAAAGUGAAACAUGAAUAAGUAGUCUCCACGGUCACUUUGUUAAUUUAAUUUUUAUUAUUUAAUGAAAUGAAUUGUUACAUGCAGCAUGCACUAGGGUGCCUCACCUCCUCUAAUUUGAGCAUGAUGUAUAAUUGUCAAAUCUUGAAGUUUGUAUAAAUACAAAAAAAAAGCUGUGCGCUUGUACAGAUUGCUGCAUCUCAUCAUCCCAGUGGCCUCUGUGGAAACUGUGCAAUAUCAGCAUUGCAUAUCCAGAUUAGAAUGGCCAUAAAAGAAAAUGGUUAUAUCAUACGUUGCAUUAAUGUAUUGAAGUGUAUCACAAGUUAUAAUGGGAAUAAUGUUUUAUUUUAAAAAUGCAUUGUCGAAGUAAAAUGUCCUUGAAUACAAAUAAUGCUUUCUCACUCUUGUAUAGUUUAUAUAUACCAGUUUUCAGAUCCUGAAUGCCAUCAAGUACAAUUGUAUCAUUCUACAAAAUUUCUUCUGUUCUUUGAACCAACUGCAUACAAGUUUGAGGUACAGUGGACCGUAUUAAAGAUUGACUCUGAUAAAAUCUCUUUAAAGAGUACUUUUAUAAAAGGAAAAGAAACACCCAAACAAAGAUUAUUUUGCAUCCCAAAACCCAUUCAAUGUUCCUAUUUUUGGUCGUCCUGUAAUGGACUUUAUUGAAUAGAUACUUUUUAAUUUCCAAUGUAUUUAUUUUCCUGCCGUCGCAGUCCUCAAAAGGUUAAUAAGGCUCCAGAGAUAAACGAUGCUUUAGAGACCUCCCUGUGAAUGUCAUUGCAUAAUGCAUAAUCUCUCGUAUGACAGAAUUAGAAAAUUAUAAUUAUUGAAUUAAUCCAUCUGAUGCUGUGACUUCAGAGCUUCGAAUCACUUAAAAAUAAUAAAACACUUUGCUUUUUCAAAGUCCAUUUGUUUCGACUGGUGCUGCAAAGGCUAUAUACUGCACUUGCACCAGUAUCAGUUUGUAUGAAUAUGUAUGCAAAUUGUGUUGAAGAUUAAUGUGGCGGUGUUUAAAAAAAACAUUAUGUCUUAAAUAAAACAAAAGUGUAUUAAAUUAGUUCGCUAGUGCUGUAAGGAAAUAUCUAUGGUGCCUUACAAAUAAAAGCAAAUGUGAUUAAAUUAUAA